GAAGGACGGGACUGACCCUCAAGGCGGCACUCGCUUAGGCUGGGAACACCGGCUCCUGUCCUCCGCCCCACGCGAGCUGCGUUGUUUGUGGACAGCCGCUCUGGAACCAAGAAAGCAUCUCCUGCAGGAGUUUUAGGUGGGGUCAAUGGAUUCAGGAAGCAGUAGGAGUUUGGAGAAUACAGUGAGUGGAGUCCAUCAUGAUCAGCCCGUUCCAAAGAUAAACACGAGCAAGAAAAUGUCCGGCUUAGCAAACCCAUUUAGCAUCCUGGAACCGCCACGAGAGGCGAAGAAAACCAGUGCAGACAGACAGGUAGAAGCCACCACUGAGAGAACAAAAAUGGCGAAGAGCAUCAAAGAAAGGCAAAGCAAUGAUUUAGAGAAAGUGGCCUUUAAACGGAAGGCGGAAGGUGAGGAAAAGCUGGUGGGAAAGAAGGAGGCGAGGGUCGCGGAGUUUGAGCACCCGUUCCUUGCCAUGCCUCUGCCUCACAUCCCUCUCAAGAACGUAAUGGAUGUGGAGACCAAGCUGGUCUACGUGGACGAAGAGUACGUGAGCUAUGAGUUUGUCGAGUCCCUCUCGUCCACUGGGGCUCCGCCAACGUGUCCAGCGGCUGCCACGGCCGACCCUGUGAGCGUGCCUCACGUCAGCUCUCUGCCUCAGAUUGACAAAUGGCUUCAGGUGGCGCUGAAGGACGCCAGCUCUUGCUAUCGACAGAAGAAAUACGCCGUGGCCGCAGGGCAGUUCAGAACAGCGCUUGAGCUUUGCAGCAAAGGGGCAGCUAUAGGAAAACCCUUCGAAGCAUCUGCUGAAGACAUAGCAAGUGUGGCAAGUUUCAUUGAGACAAAGCUUGUGACCUGCUACCUACGGAUGAGGAAACCCGACCUUGCACUGAAUCAUGCACACAGGAGCAUUGUCUUAAACCCAGCCUAUUUCCGAAAUCAUCUUCGCCAGGCGACAGUGUUCAGAUGUCUGGAGAGAUACUCAGAAGCUGCCCGGAGCGCCAUGAUAGCUGACUACAUGCUCUGGCUCAGUGGGGGAGGCGAGCCGUGUGUUGCCAAGCUCAUCAAACUGUAUUGGCAGGCCAUGGUUGAAGAAGCCAUCACCAGAGCCGACUCUUUCUCAGUUAUGUACACACCGUUUGCAACAAAAAUAAGAGCUGACAGAACGGAGAAAGUAAAAGAGGUCUUCACAAAAACGCACCCUGCGUAUGCGGAAUAUAUCUACACGGAUCUUCAAGGACUCCACUUGCUGCCUCAGACAGUUGACUGGUCAUCUUGUCCUCCCCAACAAUAUCUCUUGACUCUUGGGUUCAAAAACAAAGAAGAUGGGAAAUUUUUGGAAAAAUUAUCAAGUAGGAAGUUGCCAACAUUUACAGAACAUAAAACUCCCUUCAGUCUCCUGACCAGAGAAGACACGGUGAGGCACAUGGAGAUACUGGGGAAACGAAUCUUGCCAGUAUUGGAUUUUAUUAGAAGCACCCAACUAAAUGGGGGCUCCCGUGCGUGCUCAGGGGUGAUGGCGAAGCUGCAGUACGCCAGCCUGCUCAGCCAGCUGCAGAGAGUGAAGGAGCAGUCCCAGGUGACUCACCAAGCGAUGGCCGAGCUGGCCACCAUCCCCUACCUGCAGGACAUCAGUCAGCAGGAGGCAGACUUGCUGCAGUCACUAAUGGCAGAUGCUAUGGACACCCUUGAAGGAAGAAGGAACGAUAAAGAACGUGUGUGGAAUACCAUCCAAAAGGUGACCCUUCAAGCGAGCAGGAGUCAGGAGAACAGUACAGUCAAGGCCGCCGAGAUCAUAACACCGCAGAGCCCCUUCCACCAGCCACUGGGCAUCUCGGAAGUCUCACUGGUUGGCCAAAUUGAAGAUUUUCUGUACCAAUUAGAGGACAAUUUCUUAAAAACUAAAAAACUGAGAACUGCUCGAAGGCAGAAAACAAAAAUGAAGCGACUUCAAACAGUGCAGCAGAGUUAGUUGGCAGGAGCAGGCGCCACCACCAAGACAUCCUGGAGGCCAUGCUGUCGGCCCGGCCGAGUGCGACCGCCCCACCGAGGGUGACCGCCAGUACUGGAGAAACGAGGCGGGACUCCCCUCACUCAUCUUCAGCAGAGAGGCCCCCCGCUUCCUCAGUCUUAGCUGCCACCAAUAAAUGUUCUCAGUAAG